AUGCAUCGCUUUUUUGCAGAGCUGAAGCCAUCUCCGUCAUCAUCCGUCACUGAGCAAAACCUGGCAGACCGAGUUCGGUACAUCCUGCGCUGCAACAUAUUUGGUGACGCCGAACUCGAACGACUACGACGUGAGGCUAUUCCUUCAUCAAAUGGAAAUGCUACGGCUGGGAAUGCGGCGUCACUAGAUGCGCAACAAACUGCAUAUGUGAAUGCUGCCGUCAACAUUCCAUUUGUGGCUAAUUCAGACGAUGAUGGAAUAGUCUCCCACGAACUAGAGAAAAUGAGGAGCAUAUUGGAAGAGUCGAUGCUGGAAACGCGCAGCAUGCCUCUCGAAAAUCGACCGCAACUUCCCCGCAUACCACUUAGCAAGCGAAAUCGGGCUGUCAUGCGGGCUCUUAACCCAAUGCUGGUGACCUAUUUGGAAGCCAGCCGAGACCUUUGCGAGACGGACUCAAUUCUUUUUGGCGCCGCACUGGCAGUAUGCCAUAUUAUUGGCGCCAAACUUCCCGUGGCUUGA